UCACAAAGUCCCGCCAACCACUAGAUUUGCGGCCCAUAUCACCACCCUCUACCCCCCUACGCACCCAACAUAUCUCUACCCUCUUAUCUGUGUGUAUAUAUGUAAAGAGAGAGAGAGAGAGAGAAGACAGUCAUAUUAUUCUCUUGAAUAAGAAGAAAAGUUGAGUAAAAAGCUUUGUUUUGAUGGUUUGUUUCUGCUUUUUGGUGGAUCAGAAGAGGGUAAUCAAGAAGAGCAAGCCGGUGGCCGGAAUGUGUUCGCGUUGCAGCCACGGCGCGAGGGUGGCGGAUAUGAAAACCAUGACAAGAUUUUGUUAUAUCCCAUUUUAUUGGAAAUCUUGGAAGGCUAUAAUCUGCAGUUUUUGUGGGGCUAUUCUCAAAUCUUACAGGUGAACCCAUUCUGCAGUUUUCGCACCUGAAUCAGAAUACGCUGCUUAUAUCUUUGUGACAUGCGAUGAGAUGCACAAAGGAAAGGAAGAAGGCCGGCUUUAGCGACUUGAAGAUCGUUCCUUUGUUACUUUACAUAAGAGUCUAUGUUCGGUACAGAGUACUGCGUUUAUACAGUUAUGAUUCGAAAUACCAAACGUCUCGUAUAGCUAUUUAAGGAUUGAAAAACUAGAUUUAAACCAGUAAAUUUUAUCACUUAUUGAUAAGUCUAAAGUUCUUAUCCCCUGUUUGAUUUAUAUAAAAAUCAGAUUUUUAGUAUA